AUGGUCAGAUAUGUCCAUAGAGCUUUGUCAUUGAUCACUGACAUCCGUGCAGACAAAAUUGACCAGAAAAGAAUAACUUUGUCAUGGCAGGACCCAGCUUUCCCAUUCAUAAACAACACAGAGUAUGAGAUCAAGUACUAUGAAAAGGAUCAAAGGGACCAGAGUUACUCCACCGUGAGAACACCUUUGACCACGGUGACUGUUUAUAAUUUAAAGCCGGGGACUGUUUAUGUGUUCCAGAUCCGAACAUCUUCCUCACAAGACUUCAGCAGCUAUAGCCCUACUAUUGAAGUGGAAACACUUGGAGAAUUGGCCCUGGUUUCAACCGAACAGAAUCCACUCAUCAUUAUAGUAAUUGUUUCUGUGGCUGGAUUUAUUGUGCUACUGUCUAUGGUGGUUGGACUUAUGAUAUGGAGAAGGCAAUGUGGCUACAGCAAGGCUAGUCAAGAUGGCGACGAGGAACUGUAUUUCCACUUUAAAAUACCCACAAGAAGAACAUACAUAGACCCAGACACUUGUGAAGACCCAAUGCAAGCAGUUCACCUUUUUGCAAAGGAGCUGGACAAUUCCUGCAUAAAAAUCGAAAGAAUACUGGGAACAGGAGACUAUGGGGAGGUAUGCAAGGGAUGUCUAAAACUUCCAAGUAAGCGAGAGCUUCCUGUUGCCAUUCAGACCCUGAGAGCAGGUUGUUCAGAAAAACAGAAGCGAGCAUUUUUGGCCGAAGCUAGCAUAAUGGGUCAGUUUGACCAUCCCAAUAUCAUUCGUCUUGAGGGAGUCAUAACUCGAGGAAACACUAUGAUGACUGUAAUGGAAUAUUUGGGCAAUGGAGUGCUGGAUUCCUUUGUACGGAAGAAUGACGGACAACUGACAGUUCCUCAGCUGAUAGGGAUGCUUACUGGCAUUGCUUCAGGAAUGAAAUAUCUCACAGAAAUGAGUUAUAUACACAAGUGCCUUGCUGCAAAUAAGAUUCUAGUAAACUCCAACCUUGUCUGCAAAAUAUCUGGAUUUCGGCAGAUGCAAGAAGAUAAACUUGAUACAAUCUUCUCCACUAUGGGUGGAAAGAGUACAGUUCUAUGGACAGCACCAGAGGCGAUUCAGUAUCAUCGAUACAGUACUGCCAGUGAUGUCUGGAGUUUUGGAAUUGUCAUGUGGGAAGUCAUGUCUUAUGGAGAAAGGCCUUACUGGGACAUGUCCAAUCAGGAUGUCAUCAAAGCUAUAGAAGAUGGUUUUCGGCUACCGGCACCAAUCAGCUGCCCCCCUUACCUCCAUCAGCUGAUGCUAGAUUGCUGGCAGAAAGACAGAAAUGAAAGACCAAAAUUCACUCACAUCCACAGCAUUCUAAGUAAACAUGGACAGAGUCCUGACAAAAGUAAAUCUACAACAUCCACAAUAAACAGAUCACACAGCACAUCCAUCCCAUUAAUUGAAAGAACUUUCACAACGUUCCCAUCCUUUAACUCUGUGGGAGAGUGGCUGGAGGCCAUUGAGAUGGAGAGGUAUAAAGAUAACUUCACUGCUGCAGGAUAUUGCUACUUGGAGUCUGUGGCCAGAAUGACAGUUCAGGAUGUCAUGAGUUUAGGAAUCACCUCUGUGGAGCACCAGAAAACGAUUCUUAGUGGUAUCCAGACCUUACGUGCCCAAGUUAUACAGAUGCAUGGGAGAGGAGUACAGGUGUGAUAUUAGAAGAAUGGGACCAAGUGUGGAACUCGAAACUCAAAGGAAGAGCAAUGCAGGCCCUCAGAUCUGGCCAAGACAUGGAAGUACAUAUGGAAGGCAAAAUCUAAUGAAAUGGUAAAGGAAAAUGGGAUUACAACAGAGUCCUAAUCCUAAAAUCCCUGCAAUCAGUGGCAAUAUCACUCAUUGUGGCUGCUGCCAUGCCAUUUUCCAAGAAGGACGACAGACCAGAUAAAGAUGAAGAUUUUGUGCCCCUUCAUGUGGAGGGAUUUGGAUAUGGAUUUAUGAUCUUACUACUGAGCAGAUGUAGACUGCAUAAUGGGGCAGAUUGUAGUGGUCUUAAGCCCAGUUGUCAGUAUGGUGCAUAGGCAUACAGGGUGAGCAGAAAAAGUGUGCACUUGUUUUUAUAUGGGGUACAUGUUGUAAUGUUUUGGUGCCAACUACUCCAUUAACUUAAGUACUUACGUAUUUUUCUAACAGCAAUUGUGUAGUACAGACUCCCAUAAAUUGCUUUAUUUUUGCAGAAUGUAAAAAAAAAGAAAAAAAGACUGUUUUAUACCUGAUUCAAGUGUUGAAGUCAUAUGUGUUUGGAGCAGAAAUUGCUAGUCUUUUUGUUUGGCUUCUCAUACCUUAAUAAGCACUUCUUCUUUCUGGCAUGACACGAUCACAUGUCUUUCUCUCUUUGGUGUAAAUGGGAUGAAGCUGUUGUUGUGCAAUUGCUCUCUAAGUUAGAGCUCAGUGGAAGCCAACGCUUACUCUGCCAACAGUUUUCAGCAACAGAAAGGUGACAUGAAAACACAAGCAGCAAGAAAAAAGAGCAAGCAAAAUAAAGCUCAGGAUUUAUUUAUAGGUGCACAUUGUAGUUCUAAACCAGUAUAGUCAAGAAGGAGUCAUGUUUUGUAAUGUAGGGGGUACCCAGUUUAGCAUGGGCUAUAAUAUAACCUUGUAUCCAAUGAUAACCCAUACAAACGGUAUAUAGGCCUUAUAAACAAAUCUACUUUUGAGUGUUUAAUAGUUUAAGCUUUUAAGGUUGUUAUGAGCAGAUAAAGGGCCAGUAACCUACAAAAUAGCUACAAGAUAGCUGUCAAUUCCCCUGGGUUAACUGAGAGUUACCCAGUUUUGGGCCCAUUCCUCCUGGUUUCUUGUCACUUUAUGCUAUUUUAAGUUUGCCGGACAUAUCCCAGGUAUGUGCAGUAAGUAUUGAAUGCUGUGGAUGGGUCUAUAUGCAUGAACAGUGAGCAUUCCGGGGUGGCAGAAGCGGUCUGUGCACAUGUGCGGUUAUGUCACAUUAACUGGUGUCCAUAAGGCACACCCACAAUUUUUGGUUCCAACUGCUGCCAGUUGAUAUCUCUAUUAUAUACAUUGAUUGAUUUAUUUUUAUAAGAGAUAAUGACAGUUGCCACUCUGAUCAGCUCAGACCAACAAAUGACUUACCAAUACAUAGACCAGCCUUUCGAUGCAAUGCUUCACUAAACUCUAGAAAAGAGACAGAUAUUACCGUAAAAUCAUUCUAAUCAGUUCUGACAAACUGGCUUUUUUAAAAAACGUAAAAGCCUUUGAUAAAUGUAUAUACGCAUUAGAAAACUGUCCUGAUUGUCAGAACUGAAAUACAGUUCAACCUGCUGGAAAUCCAUCUGAAUUCCUAGUUCUGAUUUUAAUAAAGCUGGCAUAUAUUUGUCUGACCAAAUAAAAUUAUUUUUCAUCCUACUAGAGCCUAAAUGACAUUUGACCCCAUCUGAUUAACUUGUUAAUUACUAUGCAAAGGAGGCCUUGCAUUCAAAGUGGCUGCCUCCACUGCUGAAGAAGAGCUCAUUUAUAUAAAUAUUAUUAGACACAUCUGCAGUAGACACAAAUUGUACAAUACUGAGGCAAUAAUACAUUAUAUAUAAAUGGCUACACCCCUCCCCCCCCCGAACAUUUUUCGUGAUUGGCCCUGUACAUUCUAACAAUAGCAGUUUUAUUAUUUAGUAUCCAUAAAAGAUGUUUGAGCUUUAUGGAGUUCUUUGUUCUAACUCUUUCUACAAGUAACUGUGUAACUUAUAUACAAGCAUACAUUAGACAAUUCAAACCACCUGCAUUCACUUAAGAAUGAUGAGAGUGGCAUCACUUAGUGAGAUAAAUACCAGUGCACCCAAGUUUCUGUAUAUGUAUGGGUUUUAAUAUCUGGAAUGUUUGGGACCAGGGGAUGCCUGUAAUGUAGCCAUGGCUCCUAAGGCUAUUUAAAGAAAAAAACAUUAUUUUAUUGUUAGUAUUGUCUUCCAUCAACAUUAAUUUAUACUAACAUUUAACAUUAAGUUGAUGGUACUAUCUUAGUAUUCCAAUAAAACCCCAAGUUAGUAGUUGUUUGUUUAAUUAGGAAACUAUGAAAAAUGGAAAUGCCAUAAAUAAGAAAAAUCUAUAUAAAAUGAUUUCUGAAUAAUGGAUCCCUUACCUGUAUUAUAUUUAUCUACAGUGUUUUAUUCAAAUAUAACUGUUUGUAAAGGAGGCGUUAAGGUGAAAUUAAUGGGGGGGUGCCAAAUGUUAGACACCCCCCAGUGAUUAUAAUUACUUACCUGAUACCUGAUACCCAAGGCUGGUGCUGUUCUUACCAGAAAACUGUACCAGAAAUGGAAUAUUUCUGAGCGAGCACCACAGGGCAAUAUUAUUCAUGCUUAUUCCUUCUUCUUGGCGGAGGUGCAUGUGCAGUAGAGUUAAAAGUCGAACUCUAAAAAUCUGCUGGCUCAGGGCCAUUGAAAAAUGAAGAUGUAGAAGAAGACCAUUGCUCAGUCAUGCUCACUUAGAAGUACCUGGGGCUGGUUCAGUUUUCUGCUAACAGGAACACUGGCCUAGAGUAUCAUGUAAGCCUAACAUAUAACAAUUAAAAAAGGUUUUGAGGCUUUACGACAGCUGGCCAAAUCAUAGGUAGCAAAUUUGAUAUAAAGUUUUAAUGCAUGAACAAUGUGAACAUUUGCUAGUGUAACCGCUGUAACACUGAAACAUUCAUUUUCAUAGUCAAACAAGCUACUAGGUUUUCUUUCCAAAAUGGUUGGCCUCGUUAAACUUUCUAUGAUUAGACUUUACUGAAAAUCGAGAUUGUAAAUGAAGCCUGUCCUGACAAUGUGUUUUAUAGAAACUGAGCUCCUAGCAAGAAAAUCUCAUUUAGGGUUUAAUUAUAUUUAACAGCACCUUUUAAGCUGGUUGCCAAAGUCAAAUGAUAGAGUGUUUUGGGUUAUUAAACUUAACAUUAUAAGUAAAUUAUAAUUCUUUUUUGUGCUAAGGCAAUUGUUUAAACCAGCAGAAGUAAUGAAACUUAUGAAAUGAAGUUAUUGUCAAUGCAUUAUUCUAAUGUCAAUAAUAAUUAGCUGCAAUCUAUCAUACACUGAUCUUCUGUGCCUGUAACAUUUUCAGUAAUAUUGCUGUAGUUUCUAUGGAAAAGGAUGGUAAACUGAGACAGCCUUAGAAUGCCCCUUUGACUGUUGUCAGCCUCCUAAUUAAAGAUGGGAAAUUUAGACACAUUUGGCUCAGCUUUAAACACUUCAAUCUAAUGCAUAACUCUUCAUCUGACAUGCAAGACUUCAAACCUUGAUAUUACCAGAACUGGAACACCUAAUAUCAGUCCCCUAGUAUUUUGCUGUUCCCACCAUCUUAAAUUACAUAUAAAUAUUCCAUAACAGUUUCAUUCUACCUAUAUUUUUUGCAGCAUUACAACAUGCUGGAAAGAGAGCUAUGCACAAGCUACUUCAGGGAUAGAUUCUUAAAGCAACACUGAUAAAAGGGAUUCUGUCAUGGAAUCAUUUUUUUUUUUUACAAAAUGCAUCACUUAA